GGGGAACGAUCAGAAGGAGAGAAAAGAUAGGAGGGGCGAGGGUUGUAAGAUUACGCCGCAGAGAGGGCAGGGACGCCACCAACUGAGAGACGGGAGGGCGAUUGUGAUUUCUGAUCCUGAUCCUGAUUCUGCUUCCUUCGAUCCUUCACUUCAGAACCGGACGAAGCUCGACACCUCCUCGAGACCCCUCUCUUCGAAUACACUCGUUUCUCGCCUCGAACUUACAAACCAAAAAACACACACUCGACUCAUCUCCCUCACGGGGUCCAUCCCCAUCCCCACCCCACCAACCACACGCUCUCUCCACAACACCACCCUCACGCACAAUGUCCUCCACCUCCGACCCCCAGCGGAUCACAAUAACCAUCUGCGGCGACGGCGGCUGCGGCAAAUCCUCCAUCACCCUGCGUCUCGUGCGCUCGCAAUGGACGCACGAAUACGACCCGACGAUCGAGGACUCCUACUCCCUGACGCGGCGCAUCGACGGGCAGACCUACCACCUCUCGCUCACCGACACGGCCGGCCAAGAGGAGUACCGCGGGAUGUGGGCGUCGUCCAACCUGCGCAGCGAUGCGUUCCUGCUGGUGUACGACAUCACGAACGCGCAGAGUCUGGAGGUGCUGAACGAGUUCAACGAUCUGAUUGAUAUCGAGGCGGAGACGAGGAUGGAUGGGUGGGAACGCGAGAACCGCGAGCUGGGCUCGAAGGGGAAGGGGAGGGCGAGGGGAGGGCCGAUUAAGAUCGUGGCGGGCAAUAAAUGCGAUCUCCAAGAAUCCCGCCAGGUGCCUGCACAGGUUGCGUUAGAAUGGGCACGGAAGAGGGGAUGCGGGUUCAUGGAGACGAGCGCGAGGAAUACGGUUAAUAUCGAAGAGACGUUUGCGUUGAUUGUCCGGAGAGUGGGCCGGAGUGGUAGUGUUGGGGACAAUCAGCUACUCGGCACGAGGAGGGCGGUCACGGCGCCGUUGAGUCCACUGCCUGGCGGUCCGGAGAAGGAGAUGCGGUUUGGAGAGCAAGGAGAGGGGAAGGCAGCAAGAUUCAAGGCGUUUUGGAGGAAGUUGGUGUGUUGGCGAUGACAACACACCACGGCUUCUCUCCUUCUGUUGUGAUGAGUGAGGAGCGGCAUGGGAAGUGAUGUGUAUAUGGUAAUCGGAAUAGGCGUUGCGGGGUGGGUUUCUUGUACAAAGCUAGGGAAGGGUAAUCGGUCGGCGAAUUGGUAAAUGGAGGCUAACUGAGAUGGAAUGCACA